AUGAACACAACGGCGAACACGUCGGACUGCCCGGAGUUAAGCGUGCCCGUCGCAGUCUUCUUCACCAUCGGGGUCGUCGGUCUGAUGGAGAACCUCUUGGUUGUGGCGGCUGUCGUAUACAACAGGAACCUCCACUCGCCCAUGUACUGCUUCAUGUGCAGCCUGGCGGGCUUCAACACUGUCGCCAGCCUCACUAAAAGCUGCGAGAACGUGCUGCUUGUGUUUGCAGACGAGGGCCAACUGAAGAAGGACGGUUUCUCUGAGACCAAGCUCGACGACGUGAUCGACUCGCUGCUCUGUAUGUCCUUUGUGGGUUCAAUCUUCAGCUUCCUGGCCAUCGCUGCGGACCGGUACAUCUCCAUAUUCCACGCACUCAGAUACCACAACAUCAUGACGAUGCGGCGGACAGCGGGCGUUCUCGGCGUCAUCUGGACAACAUGCGGGGUGUCGGCCAUGUUCAUGGUGAGGUUCUUCGACUCCAAGUUCAUCAUGAUCUGCUUGGUUGCCUUCUUCGUGCUCUCCUUCGCCGCCAUCUGCUUCCUCUACGUCUACAUGUUCAUGCUGGCACGCGUCCAUGCCAGGAAGAUGGCCGCGCUGACCUCCUGCGCUGGCCAAAGGUGCCAGGGGAGGCGGCGGGGCGGAAGCAUGAGAGGCGCCCUCACGCUGACCAUCCUGUUUGGGGCCUUUGUGGUGUGCUGGGCACCUUUCUUCCUCCACCUGCUCAUCAUGACGGCGUGCCCCACAGACCCGUAUUGCGAGUGCUACAGAUCCUUCUUCCAGCUCCACGUCGUGCUGCUUAUGAGCCACGCCCUCAUCGACCCUGCCAUCUACGCCUUUCGCAGCACCGAGCUGCGGCACACCUUCAGGAAGAUGCUCCUUUGCUCGGAAGGGAUUGCACCUUUAUUUCAAUGCUGA